UGUUCACCAUCCAAGUUAUCAGUCGCGAUCGAGAACCAUGGGCAAGUCCCGACCGCUUCCCUUCGGAAAUAAUACAAACUAUGCCUUAUCUCGCACGCCCUUCCGAGGAAGAGGCGGGGAAGUGACAUGAUAAUCAUGUUUCCCGCCGCUCAUCGAUGAUUGUCUGCAAAUAAAUAGCUGCCUCCUCUCAACAGGCUGGAAUAGCGAAUCAAGAGGUUUUCUCAUCAUGGAUCCCACACACAGAGUUGUUAUUAUUGGGGCUGGUAUCGUGGGUGCUAAUCUCGCUGACGAACUGGUUUCCCGCGGAUGGAAGAACAUCACUGUCGUCGAGCAAGGCCCUUUGCAUAUGCCGGGUGGCUCGACGUCACACGCUCCCGGUCUCGUGUUCCAAACAAAUGCCUCCAAAACCAUGACACAUCUGGCCCGGUACACUGUCGAGAAGCUACUUUCUCUUGACUGUUUCAACCAGGUGGGUGGUCUGGAGGUGGCGACAACCCCUGAGCGGCUCGAGGAGCUUAAGCGGAAACACGGUUACGCCUCGUCAUGGGGAAUCGAGGCGCGCCUUGUAAGCGCCGAGGAAUGCCUCCAGAUGUAUCCUCUUUUAAAUAAGGAGAAAGUUCUCGGAGGCAUUCAUAUCCCAAGCGACGGCCUGGCACUAGCGGCUCGCGCGACACAGCUGCUCAUCGAACGCACGCGCAAUGCUGGAGUCCGCUACCUUGAAUUGACACCCGUUACCGGCAUUGAGCGCGCAGGUCAUCGAGUGACAGGAGUAAAGAUCCCCACUGGGAUUAUUCCUGCCGAUAUUAUCAUUUCCUGCGCUGGCUUCUGGGGUGUCGAGUUAGGUGCUAUGGUCGGCGUACCGAUCCCUUUGCUUCCGCUAGCGCAUCAAUACGCGAAAACGACGGCUGUCCCCGCUCUCGUUGGACGUCACAUUAACAGCCUUCCAAAUGGACGGAAUGCAGUGCGGCCUAUACUACGUCAUCAGGACCAGGAUCUCUAUUAUCGCGAGCAUGGGGACCAAUACGGUAUCGGCUACUACGGCCAUCGUCCCAUGCCAGUUGUCGCUGCGUCAUUGGGUUUAACCCCUAAACAUGUUGAUGAGCAAAAUAUGCCGUCCCGGCUAAAGUUUACCAGCGAGGACUUCGACCCAGCCUGGAAGGAGACUCAAGACUUGUUGCCUGCUUUACGGGAGACGCAAAUCGCCGACGCUUUUAAUGGAAUUUUCUCGUUCACGCCAGAUGGUGGACCUAUUGUUGGACAAGCACCAAACCUUGAAGGAUUCUACGUCGCUGAAGCAGUGUGGGUUACCCAUUCGGCUGGUGUCGCGCGAGCCCUAGCGGAGGUGCUCACAACGGGCUGGUCACAAAUCGACCUCUCCGAGUGCGAGCUAUCUCGUUUUGAAGAAAUUCAACUUAGCCGUGAAUACGUGAACGAGACAUCACAACAGAACUUUGUUGAAAUCUACGAUAUCAUCCACCCAUUGCAGCCGAAGGAGUCGCCUCGGAACCUUCGACUUAGUCCAUUCUACAGUAGAGAACGAGAGCUAGGCGCCGUUUUCCUCGAGCUUGGAGGCUGGGAGCGUCCAUUCUGGUACGAGGCGAACGCAGAGCUGCUGAAGUACCUUCCGGCGCAAUGGCAGCCUGUCGAGCGGGACGCCUGGUCGGCACAGUUUUACUCGCCUAUCGCCGCAGUAGAAGCGUGGAAGACACGCAAUGCGGUAGCUAUGUACGACAUGACAUCAUUUCACCGAUUUGAGGUUUCAGGACCUGGGGCGCUCGACCUGCUCCAACGGUUAACUACCGGUGAUAUUACUACAAAGCCUGGCACUAUCACUUAUACCCUACUGCUCAACGACCAUGGAGGGAUUCGCAGCGACAUUUUUGUUUCAAGACUGAGUGAGGAUGCGUUCCAAGUCGGUGCGAAUAGUGCCAUCGACCUGGAAUAUUUGGUCCGAGAGAGUCGCCGCCAAGGGCAGCACGCUCCGAGCCGGUGGGCGCAGGUGCGUGACAUUACUGGCAGCACCUGCUGUAUCGGACUAUGGGGUCCUCGCGCCCGAGACGUCAUCACCACAAUUAGCACAGACGAUUUCACUAACAAAGGACUUCCUUAUUUGGGCGUCAAGCGUGCCACCAUCGCCGGUGUCCCAGUCACAGCCUUGCGGAAGUCAUAUGUCGGGGAGCUCGGAUGGGAGAUCCAGACCAGCGUCGAGUAUGGCCAGAGGCUGUGGGACGCUAUUUGGCAGGCAGGAAAACCACAUGGGCUCAUCGCAGCUGGUCGUAGCGCAUUUAACGCCCUGCGGUUGGAGAAGGGCUAUCGAACCUGGGGUUCUGACAUGACUACCGAACACAACCCGUACGAAGCAGGCGUUGUUUCUGCUAUCAAGACGGACAAAACGGUAAACUACGUUGGCAAAGCUGCGAUUCAGCGUGUCUCUAGACAGGCACCAACAAGACGACUGCGCUGUCUCACCGUGAAUGACGGCCGUUCCAUCGUGCUUGGAAAGGAACCAGUAUUCUACAAAGACAAAGCCGUUGGGUACGUCACGAGCGCCGCAUUCGGUUAUACGGUUCGCAAGCCGGUCGUGUACGCCUGGCUGCCCUCUAAUGUGGCCGAGGGCCAGAUUGUUGAAAUUGAAUACUUCGGGCGGAGGAUCCAGGCCACCGUCACGGCCGAGCCAUUAUACGACCCCCAAAUGAGCCGACUAUAUGCAGAUGGCUCAUCCAUGGCACCUGAGUUCCAGAAGCCCUUGAAACAUCUUUUAUAAGAAUGCGACGACGACUCAAGUGGAUGAUGAUGAUGUGAUGAUUAGCGCUGUUUCUACUAGUUUCAUUGAAAUUUGGACUUGUACAUGGGAUCGAAACCGGAAGGGUAAUGGCAAGGCUGUUUGUGGAUUAUCAAUAGAACCUACGCAUGAGUUGGGCGAGCGUUUUAGACGCUUCAUUGGUAUUUGCUUCUGUUUACAUGCGAAGUUAGUCUUAUGUGACCAUGAAAAUUCCAGCGUUAUGCAUUGAUAUGACAUUAUUGAAGUUUCCGACUUGGUAGACGUUGCAUCGCAGUGAUCCUCCUCGAGUAUCAGACCUAAUGUAAGCCCUAAUUGGGGGGGGUAUGGCGCUCCAGGAGCCAAACCGAGCGCUAGGGCGCCUUAAACGAAUGUAUUUUCUAUGAUGAUCCCAU